AUGGUUGUCGACACUUCCUACUACGACGCUCUGGGCGUCAAACCAGAUGCCUCCGAAUUGGAAAUCAAAAAAGCCUACAGGAAGCUCGCCAUCACCACACAUCCUGACAAGAACCCCGGUGAUGAAACUGCUCACGCUCGCUUUCAAGCCGUCGGCGAAGCCUACCAAGUCCUGUCGAACAAGGACACCCGUGCCGCAUACGACAAAUAUGGCAAGGAAAAGGCCAUGCCCAGCCAAGGGUUCGAGGAUCCCGCUGAGUUUUUCAGCAUGAUCUUUGGCGGUGAUGCCUUUGUCGACCUCAUCGGCGAAUUGACCCUCCUGAAAGAUCUCACGCAUACCAUGGACAUCACAAUGCAGGCUAUGGAGGAAGAGGAGCUUUCUAAAAAUGCGGAAGAGAAGCUGAACAUCCACGAAGCGAAGGAAAAAGAGGCAACUGCUGCAGGUGUAAACGCAAAGGACACUGAAGCUAAACCCUCCUCAACACAAGAGGGCACCCCUGUGCCGCCUCCGCCAUAUGUCUCCGGGGAGGAGCCAUCGACGUCCACUGGCAGAUCGUCUGGGACGACCACGCCGCAGAGAAGAUACGCUGGCCAGCAAGCCAUCAUGGACCGAUCAGAAGAAGAUGCACGGAUGGACGCCGCGGGCUUGACCCAGGAAGAGAAGGACCUGCAGAAGAAGAAGAAACGUGGCGGGUUGACCAAAGAACAGAGGGAGAAGCUGGAAGCCUACGAACGCGAGAGACGACGCCUGCGAGAAGAACGAGUCGAGACUCUCGCGAAGAAAUUGAUCGACCGCAUCAGCGUGUGGACAGAAACAGACAAGAGCCCCGAAGUCACGCAUGCAUUCCAAGAAAAGAUCAGGCUUGAAGUCGAAAAUCUCAAAAUGGAGUCCUUUGGCAUUGAAAUCCUCCAUGCUGUCGGCCAGACAUACCUCCAAAAAGCCACCUCGUUCCUCAAAUCCCAGAAGUUCCUCGGCAUCUCAGGCUUCUUCUCCCGUCUAAAAGACAAAGGUACCCUGGCUAAAGACACGUGGAAUACCAUCUCCUCAGCCAUUGACGCCCAACUAACAAUGGAAGAAAUGGCGAAAUUGGAAGAAAAGGGUGGCGCCGACUGGACUGACGAAAAGAAAGCGGAGUACGAGAGGAAAGUCACGGGAAAGAUCCUUGCAGCUGCAUGGAGGGGUUCCCGAUUCGAGAUCCAGGGUGUAUUGAGGGAUGUCUGUGACCGGAUUCUGAACGAUAAGAACGUCAGAUUGGAGAAACGAAUAGAGAGAGCACAUGCUUUGGUCCUAUGCGGGACUAUCUACCAAAAGGCUGAACGCGAUCCGGACGAGGAAGGCGACUUCAUGGCUUUUGAGCAACUAAUGGCCGAGUCCGUGAAGAAACAAGAAAAGAAAAAGGAAAAAGAGAAACAGAAAGACAGCAACCACACCGACCAACCGCACAGACACUUUUUCGGAGGCAAUAAGGAGCCUACCGCUGGGGGGUCACCGCGACAGUCGACAUCGGCGUGA